AAAGAUACGAAGAGAAACGGGCUGCUGGUGGCGAAGAUGGCGGAUGGGGACAGUGGCAGUGAGCGCGGUGGCAGCAGCGGUGGCGGAGGGGGAGGAGGUGGCAGCGGGUUUCAGCAUUACCAGCGGGACUCGGAGACCCAGGAGCUGGCCUCUAAACGGCUGGACAUUCAGAACAAACGCUUCUACCUUGAUGUGAAGCAGAACGCCAAAGGCCGGUUCAUCAAAAUCGCCGAGGUCGGCGCCGGGGGAUCUAAAAGUCGGCUGACCCUCUCUAUGUCAGUUGCGGCAGAGUUCCGCGACUACCUGGGGGAUUUCAUAGAGCACUACGCCCAGCUUGGGCCCAGCACCCCGGAGCAGAUCGCUCAGUCUUCCGGUGGGGAUGACACCGGGCCUAGGCGGGCCUUGAAGAGCGAGUUCCUGGUGCGUGAGAACCGAAAAUACUACCUCGACCUGAAGGAGAACCAGCGGGGUCGGUUUCUCCGGAUCCGACAGACCGUCAACCGAGGCCCCGGUUUCGGAGUCGGAGGGGGUGGCAUCCCCGGGGCUGGCAUGCAGGCCGGACAGACCAUCGCACUCCCGGCCCAGGGCUUAAUAGAGUUCCGCGACGCCCUGGCCAAACUGAUAGACGACUACGGGGGAGAUGAGGAGGAGCUGGCCGGCGGCGGAGGGGCCGGGGGCUACAGCGAGCUUCCGGAGGGCACCUCUAUCAUGGUGGACUCCAAGCGGUUCUUCUUUGACGUGGGAUCCAACAAGUACGGAGUUUUCUUGCGGGUGAGCGAAGUGAAGCCCAGUUAUAGAAACUCUAUAACAAUCCCUUUCAAGGCGUGGGGCAAGUUCGGGGGGGCGUUCAGCCGCUACGCCGAGGAGAUGAAAGAGAUCCAGGAGCGGCACCGGGAUAAGAUGUACGAGAGGAGAGCCGGAGAGGAGUCUGAGGGCGACGACGUGGACGACGAUUGAUGGAGAGGUGGCUACUUGAAGCUGACAACAUGAUGCAAAGCCUGGCGAGGAAACAGAGAAACGGAGAGAGAGUAACGACUAUUUUGUGCAUGACGAAUCGAACUUUAAAAUGCUAAAACAACGGAGUAAAAUAAAAAGUAUAUUUGACUGAGAAAUUACUGUCUAUAUAAGAGAAUCAUGUUCUAAAGUUUAGGUGGAUGUUAUAGCUAAUAUGAGUGAGGACUGCAGUAGUCAGCUCCUGUAUGAGAUUCCCCAUUGAUAAAAGAAAUAUAUAUAUAUAUAUACACACAAAUAUAUCUAUAUAUUGAUUGUCUAUUUCGACAACCUCACACAUGCAGCCCAGCAAAUUAAGUUUGACAGUGCUCAAGACACAGCAGCAGGCUGGCAGUCCCACUUCCUGGUUGAUAUCCAAUAGUAAUAGCUCACCUGGCGCUGACCUAGAGUCUGUGUGAUGAUGAUGUUAAUAAUAAGGAAGUGUGAAACGUGUGACAUACUCAUACCAGCAGGUGCAGAGAGGGAGUGAGACAUAGCGCCUGCAUCGCUCACCAUGGCCGUGUGUGUUUUUGUCUAAAAUGACCUGUAAUGGACGGCCUACCCAGACCGACCCGCACCACCCAGAACCACGGUCUCAGCUAUAGGGGGCAUCCUUGGCAUCGCAGGACAUCCACUCAGCGAGGUCCCAUAAGGUGAUCUGUUACAAGCACAUGACUCAUUUGGAUUCUCGGGACAAUCCAAAUGAGUCCGAAUGACCUCCUCCUGCUCUUCCUCCCUUCCCCACAAACCCACCUGCCCACCCCGACUCUCCCUCCUGGGCAUCCCUCAGGUGCUAACUGCACCAAUAGCUGAAAUGUGGUGUGGCCUGCUCACGCGUGGCUUGUUUUGUCUCAGGUCUGGAAAGUCCGCCAAUCCAUAUUUUGGGGGUUUAUCAGCAUUACCUCUGCCUGUGCAUCAUCUUCGAGAGGUUCUGGAUGCAGAUCUGGUCAGCCAGUUGCUGCAGUUAAGACGUCUUUGGCAACUGAUGAUGUCUCACAUGCUGCAGGCCCACGUUUGACCCCUGUGACCUUUUUUUGUCAAAGGGGACGCAGUGAGCUCAGGCCUCAUAGCACUGGUCACUAUUUUUCGAAUUAAAGCUUAAUAUUGCCGGGCUUGAGCUGCAGUCUCAAUGGAAUUGACCUUGUUGACUUAUUUCGGGUGCGUCAUUUGAAUCCUUUAAUCUUGAACUCAGACCAUUAAUGACUGAAGCAAUAUUCAGUCUGAUUGUAAGAAAAAUUAGGUGCUUUUGGAAAACAAAUCCCACAGUGGUACCUAAAGGACAAAAAAAAGAAGAAAACAUAUAUACUGGAAGAGAUUUACUUACUAAAAAGAACAAGUAUAGAUAGAAUUAUUUUUCAAAAAAUAUAUAUUGAAUAUGUCUUAGAAAUGUGAGACAUUUAUUAGAUAACGCUGCCUAAAGUGGCUUAUUUAAAACACUAAACUUGGAUGCAAUUGUCCAGGGUGAUAUUUCAUACCUGCUUUUUUUCCUAACAUUUCUUUUAUUCCUUAGAGGAAAUUAAGAUGAGUACAACAAAUUGAUAACACAGUAUGUUAUAGCAAUUUCUAGACACAACUUCAUUGAAGUAGUUUGUCAGCAAACACUCAGCACUCCAGUUCACUUUACAUAGCAUCGAGUUGUCCCCUCGUUUCAGUCCACCCGUUUAACCAUGUUUUGUCAUAAACUGGCGUUCCAUCAGUUGCCAUACGACGCAAACACCUGCAAUCAUCAACAUUUCGUCAUUAGUGCUCCUUUUAAAAAAAUAUGAUGGUUUUUGCAUGCCUGCUCUUACGGAGCUGCCAUGUGUUCUUUUCUUUUGCAUACUCUGAUUGCUGUAUGAUGGUAUUUAUCUAUAUUUGAGAGAGGUUUCAAGUUUUAUUUCUGUAUUGCAAUGGUGAAAAAUAAGGUUAAAGUUUACUUCUCAGCCUAAUAAAGAAGCCACAAAGUUCCCAUACUCUGGGGAAUGUCACUUUCAUCGUCCCACUUCCUUUGGUGUGUAAAACCUCUUGUUGAAUUUUACUUUACUCACUUCAACACAACAAAUGCAGAAAUGCCAUAUGAAAAAAAACACCUGGGAGCAAUAGUUUUUUUUCUUUUCUAUUGAUAUAAAUAUACUAUAUAUAAUAUUACACAUGAGAUUGAACUACAUCCUUCUUCCUGUACUGUGUUACGUGAAAUGGCAGCUGUUUCAGUCGUGUGUUCUGCUGUAAUAUUUUACCAAGUUCCUUUCAAUGAGAAAUAAAAAAAGGUUUUUGCUCAGGA